AAGCUUAUUUCCGUGUAUAGACUUCCUGUAGUGCAGUUUGACUUUUCAAAGAUUGUUUACAAGGAAAUUGUAGAGUGCAUAAUCGUUUGAAAAGUUUAGUAAUCUCGGAAUUGUUUACAGUGAACCUAUCGAGAUUAAUAAACAAUGAGCUUCUUAAGACUUUAUAAACUAUUGUGGAAGUUAAGAUUGUAGUUCAAACUGAUUUUCUGUGACCCACUUGUUGCGUUUAGGUUAUGGUGUUAUAAACAAAAAUAUGUUGGACUUAAAUGUUUGGUUUUCAUGAUAAAUUCUUGCAUGCCAGACUGUAGGGAUGGAGGGCCCAGGUCUGAGCUUGUUUCAAGGCUCAGAAAGUAUUCAAUUAAAUACAAGUACCCAAGGAUUAGAGGAGGAUGAAGAACAAGAAGAUAUUAAACGACGUAACAAGGAGAUUAAGGAUCUUCUGACUAAUGCAUUUGAUGACUUGGAUGAUGAUGAUGAUGACAUUAGCUCUGUCAACAGCAGUCAUUAUCAAGAUAGUACUAAAGAAGUAGAGAAUUCAAACAAAGGAAUAAAUUCCUGUGUUCAAGGAAUCAUAUCACCUAAUGGCCAAAUAGUUUCUGAGUUACGAAAUGAAUUUGGAUUAUAUGAUCGUGAAAAUUCAAAUAACUACGAAAAUACUAUGACAAACCAUAGGUCAGAAUUGGAAAUUGGUCCUUCAAUUUCUGAUAUACAGAGAGAUUUUAAUAUGUAUGGUCAGACAGAUACGCCAUAUUCCAAGAGUAAUAGAAAUGAAGAUACCAAUAAUAUGACUGCUGAAACGCCCUAUGAGUUGGCAAAACCACAGAAUGCUGGAUUUCCCAGAGAUUUAAGACCACAAUUUGAUGAAAACUAUACAUAUAAUGAAAAUUAUCCUUAUAAUUAUCAAACGCCAGCUAAUCAUUACGAUGCUCAAACAAAAAAUUAUUCAAAUAAUGGAUAUAUUGAUGUUUAUGAAAAUAAUGUACAAUGUAGACAAAUUCAUGAGUUUGGUGGUGGAGAUAAUGUUACCUCUGACCAUGUAAAUCAUUGUUUCAAAACAGGUUCAAAUGGUAGGCAACAGGACGAUAAUGUAGCUUAUAAAACAGCCGAAUAUGAGAGCAAAGAGCAAUUGGAAGUUUUAUAUACAGUCCGAAUGAGAGAAAUUAAAAGAUUAACAGAAGAUUUGCAACAAUUACGAGAACAGAAAGAGGAAGAAAAAAAUCAAUUUACUAGAAAAAUUACAGUUUUACAAGCAGAAAUUGAAAGAUCAAAUAUUUCCAGAAAUCAAACGCAACAUGCACUAGUUAAUGCAAAAGCAGAGAUAACUGAUCUUCAAAAUCAAAUAACAUUGUUCAAAGAAAAGAAUGCCGUUUUAGAAGAAAGUAAUCAAAAUAUGACACAGGAAUUAAAUGUUGCAAGAGAUUCUGUAAUAGAAUUGCAACAAAAAAUAUCUAUAUUAGAAAGAGUACAAGCUUUACAAACAAAUGACAAAACAUAUGAAAAAUUCCUAAAUCAAGCACAAGAGAAGCAUGCCGUUGAAAUGAAAAAUAUGCAAACUCAAAUAAAAGGUCUUGCAGACAAAUUAAGCGCAAAGCUGCUCAAUGUGGAUCCCAACACUCACUGUAUAUGGGAAACUUCAUAUGUUAUAUUGGAAAAUAAAUUAGCAGAUGUUCGAAGAGCACACGAGACGCUUAUGGUUGAGAAAGGAGAUACCAUGAAUCGUUUAGCACAAGCAUUAGAAGAAAGCCAGAAGCAAUGCCGCAAUCUUAUGGCAACAAAUAAUGCUCAACAAGUAAUGCAACUUCAAGUACAGAUUAGGAAUCUAUCACAAGAAAAAGAAGAAAUGCAAAAGAUGAUUCAAGAUUUACAGCAUAAAUUAGAAGUGGCAAACAGUGAUGUAGCACAAUAUGAUUCAUUGUUGGCAACAACAUUAGAGGACGAAUCUGAUUCAAUUAAACAAUUGAAAUUAGGUGAAUUUCAUAAUAAAUCAAAAGUGAAACCGUGUGAGGAUAUCGCAAAUAAAUUAAGGGGAGAAUUGCAAAGGUGUUUGGCUGGUCAUGCAGUUAAAAGGAAGGAAAUAACUCGAUUAGAAAAUACGUUGUCACAAAAAGCAAAAGAACUUAAUGAUGCUUUAACGAUAGCUGAUACAUGUCGACAAGAAGUUGCUCAAUACGCUAAGCGUGUUAGCGAAUUGGAGCAAGAACUGAAAUCUGUACUUACAGAUCAAGCUAUGAAAGCAAAUUCCCAAAUACAAAAAUUGUCUAAUCAUUUGAGUGAUGUAAAAAACCAAUAUGAUUCUUUGCGAGAAGAAAAAAUUGAAUUAGAACAGAAAUUAGAGGAAACUUUGGCAGUUAACCAGGAAACACUUAAACAAUUGCACCAAGAAAAUAUAAAUAAACAAGAGAAAGACGCCAUUGAUGAGUACAAUAAAGAAUAUUUAGAAAUACAUGCUAAGGCUGUAGAAAGAGUUAGACAAGAAGCACAAAUCGAAGUAGUGCAAUUAUCCGUGCAAUUAGAACAGACGCAGAAGGAGUUGGAUCGUGUUAAGGAAUUGUAUAUAGAUGUCUGUAGUACAAAGGAACAAUUAAUAAGUGAACACAAGUCUGAAAUUGAAAUGUUAAAAAAAAAAUAUGCUACCCUAGAAGAACGUGAACAAGACAUUGAAAAAUAUGAACACGAUUUGCAGAUACAAAUAAAAAUAGCGGAAAAAUUGACACAAGAAUGCGACACAUAUAAAUGUAAGGUAAUUGAAUUAGAAAAAGAUUUAAGCUGUGAAAGAAAGAAAAAAGAAGAAUAUACAAAAAAAAUUCAUCAAGAAAUUGAAAGAGCUAAAGAAGAAGCAUUAAACGAAUUACGCAAUGCUCAUCCUAAUCAGGAAAUAAGUCUACUCUUGCCAGAUCAUUGUUCCGAACAUUUAGAAAAAAUUAAUCAGUUAGAAGAAGAUUGCAAGCGCUUAGAAGAAAAAUUGCACGCUGCAGUUGACGAUCACAAAAAAAUAUCGGAAUAUCAAUCCGAAUUGGACGAUGCUACGUUGAAAAUAGCACAAAUAGAAAUUUCUCAGGAAUCUUGGAAAAAGAAAUAUGAGAAUGCAAUUAGCGAAAGAAAUGAUCUAAUUGCUAGAAUUUCAAAACUAGAUUCUGAAUUGUUAAACAUCAAAAGAAAUUCAAAAAUUGAAGAUUCUGAUGAUGUAACGUUAAAAGUGUCUCGAUAUCAAAUGGACAACGAAGCUUUGAAACAUAAAUGCGAGGAUCUAUUCAAUGAAAGGAAUAUUUAUAAGGAAAAAAUUUCACAGUUAGAGACAGAAUUAUUAGAAACCAAAAAAUUAAUUAGGACUUUCCAAAAAUGAUUCAAAAAAACUAGCGAGGUAUCUUUAACUUCCAAAUGUGAAUUGGAAAAAGAACUUUCUCAUUACAAAGAUCUGGUAACACAGUUAAGUAGUAAAAUCAAUUUGUUAAAAGCUGGCAGAAAGAGUGAUGUGGUAAUGGAGCAAAAAAUCAAGCAAUUGGAAAAAGAUUUGCAAGGUAAAGAUGAGGAGUUGGAGAGACUAAAGGAAUUUGAGAAACUGAAAGAAGAAAGGGAUCAACUUGUUCUAAAAUUAAAAAAUCAAGCUAAACAAUUUGAACAAUAUGUUAAAAACCAAAAACAAGUAUCAGCUGAGUUGAAUCUAUCGCCACGUAGCUCGAGUGACGGUACAGAUUUUCAAAAGAUAAAAGAAAUUAUGAUAAAAGAAGUACGUGAAGAAAUGGAACAGAAAGUAGUGGAUGAGCUUAGGGGUAUAGAAGAACAGCAUCGUGAGAAGAGAAAGGAAUUAGAUGAGCGAUAUAAAAUCGUUUUAUUAGAACUACAAACCAGGUAUAAUGAAAAGGCGCAAGAAGUGGAAACUUUAAAAGAAGCGAUACUUACGGAAAAGGAAGAGUUAAAACAAAAAGAGAAUGAUGUGGAAGAAGAGAGAAAUUUGAUGGCUCAGGUAAUGACUAAAUGGGCUGCAGAGAUUAGCGAGAUAAAGGAUAAAGAAGCUGAGAUUAACGAACAGUUGCAACAUCUAAAAAAAAGCGAAGGAAGUCUGAAGGCAGAAAUAACCGAACUAAAAGAAAAGGAGAAAGAAAUGAAAAGUUAUAUUGAUACAUUAAAACAUAAGUAUGAAUCAGCAAAAAAGACGGCGAAAAAUUAUAAGGAGUAUGCAGAAAAUAAAGACAAGUUUUUGUCAAGUGAAUACAAACGUAUAGAAGAAGGAUACAAAAGAGCCAUGAAUCAAGUACAACAAAAGCUUGAAGCAAUCGUUAGUACUCAAGAAGAACAAGUAGCAACAAAGCUUAAAGAACUUGAGUGUCAGUAUACAGAAAGGAUAGAACAAAUGCGACUUACACUGAAGUACAAAAAUUCAUUUCACGGUGAAUAUGAAAUGCAAGAUCCGAAAUCAGAAGCUGAUAUUGUAAAUGUAACAUUUAUUGACAAGGCAGGAACAAAAAUACCUGUAAAAGGAAAAGUAGGAGAUAAUGUAUUAUAUUUAGCUCAUAGAUAUGGAAUUGAGAUGGAAGGAGCUUGUGAAGCAUCUCUUGCUUGUACCACUUGUCAUUUAUAUGUACAUCAUGAUUAUUUAGAUAAAUUACCAACAGCUGAAGAAAAAGAAGAAGAUCUGUUAGAUUUAGCACCGUUUUUAAAAGAAAACUCACGAUUGGGUUGUCAAAUUAUAUUAACGAAAAAUUUAGAUGGCAUAGAAGUAGAGUUGCCACAAGCAACAAGAAAUUUUUAUGUAGAUGGUCAUACGCCAACUCCACAUUAACAUAUACUUCCUCUAUUUUAAAAAUAAAGUGUAUAUAUUUUAUUUAUAUAGUUAGUUAUAACUUUAUACAUAUGUGUUGCUGUAAACAGGAUAAAUUAAAAAUUAUAUACCUGAAUAUUUUUAGUAACUAAUAAAGAAGAAUAUACUACAAAA